CGUGUGAUUGUUUACGUCAGAAUCACAAAACUCGUGACUGUCGAGGACACAAUCGAAUUACUCCUGCAGAAAUGUCGUCAAGUCCAGGAUAUAAAAGUCUAAAUGACGGAAGAAAGUCAAAGUCGGACUCUACAAAUACGUGUUGCUGCACCAAAACUUGGAAGACGUGUCCUUGCUAUGGAAAGGCGUGCAUUGUAAUUGCUAGUAUCUUCGCCGUGUUGCUCGUUGUGGUCGCUUCAGUUGUAGCUGUAUAUUCUGUUUUCUACCCACUACACGCUUCCUGUAAGAUAGAUUGGUCUGUCAAUGCAUCCUGUGAUGACGUCCAGACCAAAAUUGUUCAACAGAUAAAUGAUUGGAAUGGACGAUCAAUGUGUAACGAAUCACAGAAAUGUCUCUAUCUGCUCAAAGGAGACAGUCCAGGGGUGAAGAUAACAGCGACCCAUGAGACCCCUAAGAAGGGCUACAUAGAUGACCUUACAUUUGACUUCAAAAGUGCUACAGAUGGGUCAUGCCAAAUCAAGGGAUUUUCCACAUCUGAGACCUGGUAUGCAGUACUCGACUAUGGCACCAACUACUGCAACUUACACAACUUGAUAGAAGGUUCUGGCGUAGACAAAAUGGCCGGCUACAGUGAGACAACCAGCAACUCUGUGUGCACUCAGUACUCUGAAAGGAACUGUGAAGUCUACUGAGAAGUGAACAUCGCUGGACAUGGUCGGGUUACUGGUCUUCUCCACGGAAGUUCUCGAGUGAUUUGUGAACAUCAUAGUAUGCUCAAAUGACUGUGAUACAGACAACGAUCUUUGAUUAUAUUAUUCAAAUUUGGUAGUUUUUUUGUAUAUAUGUAUUCAAGAGUAGAAGAAAAAAUCCACUCUAUCGUUAUGAAAUUGGAAUUGAUAGCCCAUGAAUUCUUUGAACAGAUUGAGUUUGAAAUAAUUAUUUUCCAGGCUUUAAGUAUUCCACUACUUUAUGUCCAUUAAUUGGCAAUGCAGAGUAGGGUUUGACACUAAGCAGACAGUCACACAGGUCGGCUAGAAGUAUGCUUUCAUGUUUAUUUGAUGUGUUUUACGCAAAAAUCAUUCUUUCAUUGCUGAAUUUUCUUUUCUUUUUUUUUUCUUUUUUUUUUUUCUUUUUUUUUCGUGGAAGUUUAUUGAUCUGAGUUGCUGUUUCUUUCAAUUUCUAUUGAUAAAUAUUCUGCACUAAAUUAUUUCCUUCAUAUUCUGACAUCAGUUAUUAUUAAUCUCACCAAAUAUCAUUAUUUCCAUUUGUUAUGCGUUGAUGCAUACACUGUGCUUUUUGUUUUUCAAUAUGUUGCCCGAGAUGUUUUUUCAGUGGAUCAAACCAAGCUUGCUAAAAUAUUCAAUAUUAUAAAAUUCACUUUUAAGUAUUUUCUGAUGUUUGAAAUUUUGAAUGUAAUUAUAUAAAAUAUGUUUCUUUGUAUUGUUUUGUACGAUUUCAUGAAAUGGAAAAAAAAAAGUUUUUGAUCUUCCUUGUUACUGAUAUAAUAUUUGUGUAAUUUGACAAUAUGUGUACUCACAUUAACAAUGAGAAAAAAUAUGCCAUGUGAUUUCAUUGUGUAGAUAUUGACAUUUGUUUUACUUUUAUUUCAAAUAUAUAAAAUUUACCAUGUUAUAUAUUUGUUUUCUUAAGCAUUGGACAGAAAUUGUAGUCGGAUUUGUAUCUACCACUUAAAACUGAACACUGUACAGUGAAACCCCAUGAUCAAACAUCAGAUCUGAAUAUACUGUAUAUUAUUUGAUUUAAUUUGAGUGCAAUACAAAAAAAAACAAAAAUAGAAAAUAAAUUUACAGGCAAUAGUAGGUCUGUACAACAAAGAUGACUAUGAAGGCACCUUUCAAAAGUUUUUUGCUGCAUUGAACCUCAACAUUGACGAAGCAAUCAAUCGAGUAAGUAAUUAUGUAUUCUUGCACAAUCGCUAGUUAAAAGUGAAGGUUAAAGCUAAAAAUUAUAUUUUGAAUAUCAAGUUAUAAAGAUAUGUGUUUUCUUCAGAAUGUUAGGUAUCAAAAAUUACAUUCAUAAUUUCAUUUGUAUUUGACUUUUGGGGUUAAUGCAUCAGCACAAUGAAAUAUAAAGGAUUUAUCUUUGACGUUUGAAUAAAAUAUUACUCUUAA